AUGGACGGCCAGCAAGGGUAUAGUGGUGUGCCGAGUGACGGCCAGCACGGUCACCCACCGUCCUCUGGCUAUGUGCGAAUUCCCUACCCCUCCAUCGGACCUCUUCAUCAAGUUCCUCCCCCUCCUGUUGUGAACUACCAGCCAGCAUACCAUCUUUCUCACCCGCAGCAUCAAGGUGUGCAAGGUUUAGGCGGUGGGAUCAAUCUGAACGGACCAGCGAUAGCGGCUGCGAUGAAUGCUGGUGUUGGUGUCAUGCCAACAGCGCCACUUCUGACCAUGCCAGCACCUCCUUCGGUUCCUGCCAACUUCUACCUCGCAAACAACAACAAUCCCUUCUCUGCUGGUGCCGGUUUUGCGUACACAACGCCUGCUCCUCAACCUGUUCCCGUCAUGUCGGAUCCCGAGAUGUCUUAUCCUCCCGAAGUGCCUUUUGAUCCAAGAAGCACUCCUCCGUUUGCGGAUCGUGCUCAGUUGCAGUUUCCAAGACCUCAUGGUGUCCUCAAGAUCGAGAAUAUCCCAUACACCAUCAGCAUCCCAGAGAUGCAGCAGUUCAUCUGCAAGUACAUCCCUCAGAGCCACUUGAUCGAGCCCCAUGUGGCCGGAUACCCGAUCCACAUCAUCAUGGAACGCUCCACUGGAAAGACGAUGGAUUGCUAUGUCGAGAUCGUGGCCCCGGAGAUUGCUGCUCGUGACUGGGAACAUGCCUUUGACCCCAAGCAGAUGCGGAUCCCCAAGAUUGGCCAGCGCAAUGUCGAGGUCACGCUCAGCAACCAGUCCGAGCUGAUGAAGGACAUGUUCCCUCGUGCCAACUGUAUCCACUUCAAAGCGGACCAGUUUGGUGCCCCCGUGUUGGUGCCGAAUCGCGAUAUCUUCUCGUCCGGUUACAAGGGAUUCAUGACCAACGAGGAACUCACCUGCAUUGUCCGUCAUGCUGAAUAUCCACAGCGGUCCCAGUUUGCGAAUCGGAGCAUGCAACGUACCUUUGAGAGCAUGAUCAGUACUUUGUACAAGUUCCCUUGGUAUUCCGUCAAACUUUAUACCCUUCGUCAGACUCAACAGAUGUUCGAUGCUUAUAAGAAGCAACUUGACGUCCUCAUUGUCAAAGUCGACGCUUCCAGAGGCACCCCUCGUGAGGUGGGUCUUGACAACAAACUCCUGAUGGAUUUCGUCUUUGCUGGUCUCAACGCUCCUGGUUUCUCCGAGCGCCAGCGCGCCGAAAUUGUCAAGUCUUCCCAAGCCCUUGCCUGUGGUUUCCAAACCAGCAAGCAUGCUCGUUACUGGCCGUUCACUACCCUGUCCACGGUUCCUCCCCAUCUGUCUGACCAAGACGUGGGAAUGUGGUUGGAGAUUCUGAACGUCGGCAUGGGCGUCAUGGAGGCUCAAAAUCGGAAAAUCAUUGGCAUCGAACCAUAUCUCCGAGUCAUCCGUGACCCUGAAGGCUAUAUCUUGUUUGUGCCCAGUGAAACUGCUCUGGACUUGAAGCGUGGACAGUUCUCCGUGUUGGAGAAGCGAGUCAUGAAUGACAUGAUCCAGCUUGGUUGGCAGAGUUACAUGCGUCAGAUGGGCGUUGAGUCACCGACACACAUGCAGUAUCCCGGUAUGCCUUUCUUCAGCAACAACAACUUUACCGUUGGUGCCGCUCACGUUGACCCUGUCGAUCCGUUCACCGCCGCUGGGAGCAGCAACACCGGUCCUGGAGGUCCGGCCAACAACAACGACAACAACGGUCAAGAAUCCGGUAAUGGCGGCAACGACAAUGUCCUCGACAUCCAGAACGGUCAUGAUCUUUGGUUUGAUGAUGACGAGUACCCAGAUGAGCACGAGUGGGAAGGAGAAUUCAGUGACUCUGCCGACGAGGCCAACAAGACAUCAGAUGACAAUGUCGACGAUCCGGAGAAGGCAUUGCAGGCCAUGCGCGACGUCCUCAAACAAGUCAGCCAGGCUCCGCCAUCGAAGCAGCAAGCCGACGUGCACAAACAAAGCGGCUUUGACGCAGACACCGCGGGACUGGGAGCUAGCCUGCAGAAUAUCGAGUUGUCCGGCGGCAACAAUGGUGCGCCUGGACCGACCAUCGUCGGGUCACUCCCUCCACAGCGCCCUGCCCGCGCCAGCACUGUUGUCGAUCAUCCAUUCAAUCCAGAGACUCCUGCGUUUGAACCACCGGCAGGUUGGAAACAGCGACACCAUCACACUCCCACCAACUCUGACUCUACGUUGGGGACUGGCACUGUCUUUGGUGGCUCCGGUUUAGGAAAUGGUAACUUCGCUUCUCCGCAGAGAAUCAGCACCGCUCGCAACAACAACAACAAUCACAAUAACAAAGGCAAGGGUAAAGAACCCGCUGCUACUACUGCUGCUGCUGGCCGUGGUGGCGCUCCGGUUACGGCUGCUGGGAUCCGUCUUCAGCCUGCUGCACCAAUCUUUGCCCGCCCGCCUCCGACUGUCGCUUUCGGUCGAGCUGAUGCCGUUGCUGCCCAGCCAGCGUUAUUUCAAGUGCCCAACAACGGUCGUGAACGUCGCGGCGUCACCAUUCGUUCCGCCAGUGGUGGUGGGAGCUCCCUUGCAAGCCUGCAACGCACUUCUGCUCUUGAAACCACAACAACCGUCCCUGCCACUGGUGGUCCUGGUGCGUUGUUGACGCAGUCUCCCGAAGGAGGGGCGCAGAACGACGGCAACACCGCAGAUAGCCUCGACGAAUUCUUGGACGACCUCUUCGGCGAAACCACAAGCCAGGCUGAUCGUGUGGCCAUGCGUACUCCGACUCCGUCCACCACUCCGCUAAUUGCGCCGGUCACUCCUCUGCGCCGCACCGUCGGUCGCGUGCCCUCCGCCGGUAUCGGUCCUGUCGAAGACGAUUACGAUGACGGCGAGGUGGUGAACAACAGCGUGCCGGCUGAUAUGCCUAGCUCUUCUCCAAGCUACAUCAAUUACUCCGACCGCUCGUCCAACUCGGGCGCUGCCCCCGUCACCGGCCCUCCCGAAUAUCGUGGCCCCGGCUCCGGCUGGGAAGGCUACUCGCCAAUCUCUCAGACCGAUUUGUCUCCCACCAGAGUCCCUCGCCGCCUCGCCCCGGGUUUUGGAACCAAUCUUGUCGGAUCUCCGUAUCCUGUGCGCAUGACCCGAAGCGAAGUCACGGCUGAAAAGCGCAGCACCCGCAUGGACUUUCAGCGCCUGAAUCUUCACAUCGACGACACGAUUGAUGAGGAGGAGACCGAAUCUUGA